AGCCUCCCCCCGCCCGACCCCCCCCCCACUGCCGAAACACAUGAAAGCCCGGAAGAGAAAGCCAGGGUUGCAGCAGAAGCCCCCAAAGCUGCCCCGCUGUCUUGGAUCCUGCCCCCAAGUGGCCCGUAAUACCUCGCAAGGCCGGCGCGCCCAAGUGGCUUCCCGCCUGGCCUCGCAGGGUGGUGAGUGGCACCGGCUGGCGAGAGCCCAGGAGGCCGGACCCCUUGCCGGAGGGAGGCAUUGCACAGAUGAGUGGGGGCUCUCCGGAAACCGUGAGGGCGGCGGAGUCCUUGAGGAACCUCCGGGACACAAAGACAGGGGGCGAUGCCAUGGGGCACGGGAAUCCUGGCCCGGUGCAGAUCGUGCUGGUGCAUAAGGAAGAGCACUCCUUUGAGCUGGACGAGAAGGCUCUGAGCCGUGUCCUUCUGCAGGAUGCCAUCCGCGACAUGGACGUGGUGGUGGUGUCCGUGGCUGGUGCCUUCCGCAAGGGGAAAUCGUUCCUCCUGGACUUCCUGCUGCGGUACAUGUACACCCAGAAAGCAGGUGGUGGUGCAAACUGGUUGGGAGACACUGACGAACCCCUGACGGGCUUUUCCUGGCGCGGCGGCUCUGACCCCGACACCACCGGCAUCCAGAUCUGGAGCGAGGUGUUCAUUGUGGAGAAGCCAAAUGGGAAGAAGGUGGCGGUGGUGCUGAUGGACACCCAGGGCGCCUUCGACAGCCAGUCGACCGUCAAGGACUGUGCCACCAUCUUUGCCCUCAGCACCAUGACGAGCUCCGUUCAGAUCUAUAACUUGUCCCAGAAUAUCCAGGAAGACGACCUUCAGCAGCUGCAGCUCUUCACUGAAUACGGGCGCUUAGCCAUGGAUGAAAUCUUCCUCAAGCCAUUCCAGACUCUGAUGUUCCUGGUCCGGGAUUGGAGCUUUCCCUACGAGUAUCCAUAUGGCCUGGAUGGCGGCAUGAGGUUCCUGGACAAGCGGCUGGAGGUGAAAUCCCACCAGCAUGAGGAAAUCCAGAACGUCCGGAAACACAUCCACUCCUGCUUCACCAAUGUCAACUGUUUCCUCCUGCCGCACCCAGGCCUCAAGGUGGCCACCAGUCCAAACUUUGAUGGGCGUCUGAAUGACAUUGCAGAGGAAUUCAAAGACCAGCUGCUGCAGUUGAUUCCCUUUGUGUUGGAUUCCGGCCAGCUUCUGGAGAAGGAGAUCAACGGUUCGAAAGUUACCUGCCGGGGCCUGUUGGAAUACUUCAGGGCUUACAUCAAGAUCUACCAGGGAGAAGAUUUGCCUCACCCUAAGUCCAUGUUGCAGGCCACUGCCGAAGCAAACAACUUGGCGGCUGUUGCGUCGGCCAAGGACAUGUAUUACACCAGCAUGGAGAAGCUGUGCGGCGGAGACAAGCCCUACGUGGCACCGGAUCUGCUGGAGGAGAAGCACCGGCUUCAGAGUGCCUCGGCCCUGCAGCACUUCCAGCGCAUCAAGAAGAUGGGCGGGAAGGAGUUCAGCCAGCGCUACGAGGAGCAGCUGGUGCAGGAGAUGGAGGACCUCUUCCAGGACUUGGCCAAGCACAACCAGAGCAAGAACAUCUUCAACACCUUCCGGACGCCCGCCAUCAUCUUCAGCUUCAUCGUCUCGGUCUACCUGGGCUCUGGCAUCACGGGCUACCUCGGCCUGGACUUCGCCGCCAAGCUCUGCAACAUCCUGGUGGGCCUGCUCCUCCUGGCGCUCCUGGCCUGGAGCUACAUCCGCUAUUCGGGCCAGUACCGCGAAGUGGGCGUCGUCAUCGACACCACGGCCGAGUUCCUGCUGCAGAAGGCCACAUCCCGCGGGAACAAUGCCACCCAGGUGCCGGGGCCCAGCACGUCCUCCGGGGCCACCUCCAACAACAAGAAAACGCAGUGAGGCCUCGACACGUACGGUCCAACCUGCUGCAGGAUGCUCACGUCCGCGACAGCCCGCGAAUCCAAGAAUGGCUUGCAGGGCAUCUUAGAGAGCCAGGCUGAACCCUCUGGCUCCAAAUAGUUUCCCCCUUCACAGUUAUUCUCUUUUUAUUACGAUUUUUUAAAAUAACCUCCCCAUCCCCAACACCUCGGUUGGGUUUGCUUCCCUCACGGUUUAUCUUCUGCACUUUAACCAAGGAAACGGAAGCAGCAGCAGCUUUAAAGUCCUUUCUGUGCCAGUGAGUGCCUUCCUCGAACCAAACGAGAGAGCCAUUUUCCUUGCUUUUCUUUCCCGCUCUUACCUCCUUCUGGUUCUGUUACUGGAAGGUGGGGGUUGCCCCUCUCCCCCAAAGAUCCACCUUCCACCAUGCCAGACACACAACGGAGAUGUCUUGACAUGUUUGGGGUCGCCUCACCCUCCGGGCUCUUCCUUUAGGAUUUGGCCCAGCGUAGAAGAUUACGCAGGAGCAUGGAGGGGGGUUUAGCCUGAUCCCAAAAACAAGUUGCUCUGUCAACCCCACGUUCCUUAAACUCUCCUUUAGUGCCUUCUGUGGGGCUGGCCAGCACCCUUAUGCCCCUGGCCGAAGGGUGGCUGGUUUGGCCAGUCCCUGCCUUAGAAACCCACCUCGGUAGGUUUGUGUCGGGGAAGAAUGGAGACCAAAUGCGUCCAGUGACCCACCUUUUCUUGGUUUGUACCCCAUUCCAGUCCUGGGGUGUGUGUUGCUGUGUUCUUCGAUGUAUUUCCUUGGUGCACUUGUGACUUCACCAAGUGUGCACGCAGCUUGCUCCAGCCCCACUCCUCUAGGGCAGGGCACUACCCUCUUCUCUGGCUACGGGGGGAACAGGCAGCGAGGGCAGCUGUGUAAACGCACGGGCAGACUCGCACAGAGGCUGUAUGCUCCCCUUUCCUUUCUCAGGCGUGACCCAGUCGCGUCAGAACGUGUCUUCGUGAGACCUUCGCGACCUGAGUUUGCAGGUUGCAUCUUCCCAUCAGCUUGUCUGGACGGUCACUUUGUGGGGCGUCUGUCUGUAUGGUGGGAGAAGCCACCUCCACUGCCAGUGCUGCCACCUUCAAGGUGGUUCUGUGUGGGUCCCUCCCUGCCCCCCCCUUAGAGGCUUCUUGAGUCCCGUUCUGAACCAUGCAUUCCAGGUCCCGUCUCUUCUCGCUUGGGCUGUCUUCACAUGUUAGCCAGGAAGGAACAGGAAGCACGAAGGCAUUGUGCUUCCUCUUCCUGCCCAGCUGCUGUAGCCUUGUGGAAGAGGGAAGGUGUCCAAAUGGCACUCUGUUGCUUUUGGGAGCUUACACCCGCGGUGCAAGGACAGGAUAUGGAGUCCCUGCGUCUGAGGUAUUGUGUGAGGUCAGGCUGUGUCAGGUGCUUAAAAAGUCCACAUGUCCCCCCCCCCCCCCCUGCCCCAUCCCUCCAUCCCCAACCUUCUUUCUUUCCUUGUCCCUCUGUAUUUGCUGUGUUCUCUGGUAGAAAUAUGCCUUUUUCUCUGUUCCCAUCUACCUUGAAAGCACUUUGAAGCACAAAUUAGUCUGGGAAGGAAGAGGCUCCCUGGAGGGAGGGGAGCAUUCAGCUCGAAUCGGGGACCAGCUCUUCCCCCCCACACCCCCAGAAAUAUAUAUAUAUAUUUUAUAAUUGUUGGUGGGUAGAAGAAACGGCCCCCAGAGAUGUCCUUUUUCAGCUGUUGUAUUAUUAGUCCACUUUCCUCAUUGUUAGUCGCACAUUAAAACUUCGUCUGGGGACCAGUGCGUUGUGGAUGUAGAUGCCGAAUCGUAUUUAUAAAGCGCGAAAGAAACUCAUUUAUUAAAAUUGCAUUCCACUUGGUGACCGCAAAAAUAAAGACUAUGAGACUGAAAUGGGCA